AUGGCGAAAUUCCUUCUACGAUUAGCCGUAUUGCUAGCCGCUGUACUAAUAGUGGUUGAUUCUCAAUCGAUAAGUCUUACUAGCCCAACCCUAACGAAUCCAAUUGCCGCUCCUGUACGUCCUAAUCGCGGCCCAAGGAGAAUAAUUAUACGACGGGGCGCUAACGGAGGUAAUAACAACACCAACAAUGGUCGUAGAGUUCGUGUUAUUAGAAGAAGAAAUAAUGGCAAUAACGGAGGCAAUAUCGGAGGCAAUGGCGGAGGUAAUGGCGGAGGCAAUAUCGGUGGCAUCGCAGGCGCUAUCGCAGCCAGUAUCGCGGGUGGAAGU